GUUGGAGCAUUUGUUCGUGUAAAACCGUCCCGUUAUACCGACAGACUGGGUCGAAACAAUCCACAGCUCGUCAAAUCCGAUAGAAAACGCAGCGAAGUGUGCGUGUUCAAACUGUGCUGGUAAAGGUUCGCUGCUGAAGACUGCAUUUUUAUGUCGAAUACGCCACAACUUUGAAGUUGAGCGAAGUGAGAGCGUCAGUCUGCAGGGAAGGAGGACUCGGUGGAUUCGCCUGGGAUCCAUGCAGCCUCGGCCUGACUAGGAUUCUCAAGGCCGCAGCUGCAGGCCAUUUACUGAUGGGUACAUACAGCCUGAGGCAAGAUAUGAGGAGAAUUGCAAACCAUUGAGAAUGACAUGAACAAUGAAGAAAUGAAGACAAGCUACAACAUUGUUGUGUUCAAAGAACUCUUGAAGACUAUAAUUUUCUUGGAAGUACAUAAAUACAAUCAUUGUGACUCUUGGAAAAUUCAUGUCUGGACUUAAUAUAUAAUCAGAGAAAACCUGAAGAGUAACUUAACUGCUUGAACUGUUGUCAGACAAGUUGGCCAGAAGUUGUGAUUACUUUUCUGAAAAAGUACUCCUUGACACAAAGUGAUCAGCAUGAGUGCCGAAGGAUAUCAGUAUAGAGCGCUUUAUGACUACAAGAAGGAGAGGGAGGAGGACAUUGAUCUGCAUGUGGGGGACAUACUUGUAGUAAGCAAGGGGGCUCUGGUGGCUCUAGGGUACAGUGAUGGGCUAGAACAGAGGCCAGAGGACAUUGGCUGGCUGCCUGGCUUCAAUGAAACCACUCAGGAAAAAGGGGACUUCCCUGGGACUUAUGUCGAGUACAUUGGAAAAAAAUGGAUCUCUCCCCCCACACCCAAGCCAAGACCCCUCAGACCCUUACCUGUUGCACCAGCUGUCUUCAAGGCAGAGGCAGACUCCGACUCCGAGCAAGGUUUCUGUCUGCUGGACCUGACCGAGCAGUUUUCCCUUCCAGAGACUGCUCCACCCAUGUUGGCUAAACUGCUGGAAGCUAUUGAGAGGAAAGGUCUAGAUAACCCUACAUUAUAUCGGACAUUCACUGCCGGUGGCGGGCUCGAGGUCAGGCAGUUCUUUGAAUGUGAUACCCCCUCAGCAGACCUGGAUCAAAUGGACCUUCCCGUCCUGUGCGAUGGUCUGCGCAGAUACUUGCAAGACCUCCCCCAGCCUAUUAUCCCCACUGCCAUUUAUGCUCAGAUGGUCCACACCGCCCAAGAGGUGGUGAAUCCUGAGGAGUGUGCUCAGCUGCUGCGUCGCAUUGCCAGCUCACCCAGCCUGCCUCCUCAAUAUUGGCUUACUCUCCACUGUCUGCUAAGGCAUUUCGCUAGAGUGUGCCACAGCGGCCCCAAGAACCUGCUCACUGCCAGAGCCCUGGGCGAGAUCUUCAGCCCCGUGUUUUUCAGACACCAGGCCGCCAGUUGUGAACCCAGCCUGGAUGCUCACGUCAAGGUCAUCGAGAUUCUGGUGACCAGUGAAUGGAGUGAGAGUCAGGCAGCUCCAGCCCUACCUCCAAAACCACCCAAGCCCACAUCUGUGACUAACAACGGUAUGAACAAUAACAUGGCUCUACAAGACGCUGAAUGGUACUGGGGAGACAUCUCAAGGGAGGAGGUCAACGAAAAGUUAAGAGACACUGCAGACGGUACAUUUUUGGUCCGGGAUGCUUCAACAAAAAUGCACGGAGACUACACUCUCACCCUGAGGAAAGGAGGCAACAACAAGCUCAUCAAGAUAUUCCACAGGGAUGGAAAGUAUGGCUUCUCAGACCCACUGACGUUCAACUCUGUUGUUGAGCUCAUCAACCACUAUCGCAAUGAGUCACUGGCUCAGUACAACCCCAAGCUGGACGUCAAGCUGCAGUAUCCGGUCUCCAAACACCAGCAGGAUCAGGUGGUUAAGGAGGACAGCAUUGAAGCCGUGGGGAAGAAGCUGUGUGAAUACCACCAGCAGUUCCAGGAGAAAAACAAGGAGUAUGACCGUUUGUAUGAGGAGUACACCAGAACGUCACAAGAAAUCCAAAUGAAAAGGACAGCUAUUGAGGCUUUCAAUGAAACUAUAAAGAUAUUUGAGGAGCAAUGCCAAACUCAAGAGCGGUACAGCAAGGAGUACAUUGAGAAAUUCAGGAGAGAGGGCAAUGACAAGGAGAUCCAGAGGAUCAUGGGCAACUAUGAGAAGUUGAAGUCCCGGAUCAGUGAGAUUGUAGACAGCAAGCGUCGCCUGGAGGAAGAUCUGAAGAAACAGGCUGCAGACUACAGAGAGAUUGACAAGAGGAUGAACAGCAUCAAGCCUGACCUCAUCCAGCUUCGGAAGACCAGAGACCAGUAUCUCAUGUGGUUGACCCAGAAGGGAGUCAGACAGAAGAAACUCAACGAGUGGCUGGGAAUCAAGAAUGAAACCACAGAGGAUCAAUAUUCUAUGGUGGAGGAUGAUGAGGACCUUCCUCAUCAUGAUGAACGGUCCUGGAAGCUGGGAAAUAUCAAUCGACUACAGGCCGAGGCUCUGCUCCAGGGCAAGAGAGACGGAACAUUCCUGGUUCGGGACAGCAGCAAAGCGGGAUGCUACGCCUGCAGCGUUGUUGUGGACGGUGAGGUGAAGCACUGUGUCAUCAACAAGACACCCUCAGGUUAUGGCUUUGCCGAGCCUUACAACCUGUACAGCUCAUUAAAAGAACUAGUACUUCACUACCAGCACACGUCUUUGGUCCAGCACAAUGACUCUCUGAAUGUGACGCUAGCAUACCCUGUCUAUGCCCAGCAGAGACGAUGAGGGCUUGGAUGUAUCCAAAUGGACAUGAGAAAGGGCCUCCUUCUUUAGAGUGGAGAUGUGCUUCGACUCGAGGAUUAAAACAAGGCUGUCUCACCCAAUGUAGACUUUGAAACACGAGAGGAAAGGAUGCAACAAAACCUGAAACAUUUCAGUGAAAGCCUGACCAUGAGCAGUGACGAGUCUGAAUGUAGAUUUGUUUCUCUUUUUGUGGGAGCACAGAAUCAAGCAGAACCUGCUGAACUCUCCCCCAGUGGAGGACAUGGAGGCCUUUUCCUAAUGGUGCUUGUUAUUUUCAAAGCUUUACCAGCUGGAAUGUCUAAACGCAGCAGAUAAUUCUCGAUGGAUCCGUACCCACUGGCCACAACUGUCUUGUUGCCCUCCGUUUUGUUUUUCCCCUCAUGCCCCCCCUUUUUGUGUGUGUGUGUGUGUGUGUGUGUGUGUGUGUGUGUGUGGCUGUGAGUGAGUGUUUGAUUGUCCAUGUGACCAAAACCCAUGGAUUCAGGAAACUGUGCUGUGUUGGGGGUGUCAAACACAUGCUUGUGCUGACUGUUCAGUAGCAGACCAUGGAUCAGCUGAUAAAUGUAGCAAAAUGGCACUUUUUGACAAAUUAUUUUUUGAAAAGACUCAUAUGGACUUAAAUCAGAGGAGCAGAGAGGACAAGAUGGCAAGACCCAUGCUUUCCCAACGUUGAGCAUUAUAGUGCAGGAAUGAACUUGACAUUUACUGUGGGCAGAUAAAACUAUGAAUGGACUUGUAUUGAAAUGUUUCAUUAUGUACAUAGAGGAAAAUGUGCAAAGUAAUGAAUCUAAGUGCACCAUACCAAAAAAAGUUCAGUUCCUGUUUGGUUAUAUUCUGAUCUGCUAUGCAAUUCUAUAUCUCUUUUAUUUCUUCAGAUUUGUGUUGUAUCCUGUUGCGACCCAUGAUAUAAGCUUGUUUUAUUGCUUGAAAAGUAUCUUUUCCUGUGUAAAUAUCCAAGAGGAUAUUUUGUGUCAAAAUGCCAAGAUAAAAACUGCGUUUGAUUUUUAAAGAAAAUAAUAGUAACAUAUACUUUAUUACAAAUUACUUUAUCAACUGGUAUACAAAUGGAAAAGAUGAGUAUUUUAUUAGUAUUUUUUGCUUCAAACUAAUGUUCUCAGGCAGAGCCUUUUGAGUAUUUGAGCUGCUUCAUUCACAGAAACUUUCUUACAGAGCUAGGUCUACAUGUAGUUCUUUGUUGAGAUGUGCAAAGAAUCCAAGUGUGAGCACUCUGAGCAUGGAUUGAUGGGAGCAGGUUCUGCUGCCUGCAGCAACCUGAACGAUGCAUGUUGUACACACCUUUUCAGCCAUCUCCAUGAAAACAACAGCAUAGAUUUAUUUUGUUAUAAAACAUGUUCCCACACAAGGAUAUCAAAGCAAACUGGUGUUUGGAAUUGAUGGAUAUUGUUAUUAAAGAUCAAUUGGGAGACAUUUUAUCUUCCCAUAUACAUUGUCCACAUAGUAUUUUUUCUGUAUCAGAAAAUCAGUGUUUACAUGGGUGUAUCAGCUCAUUUCAGAUAGUCUGUAAUUUCUUAUUUCCAGAGGACGUUAUAUGCCAAUGAAUGGUGGUGCUGUUUGACGAGUACCAAAAUUUAGCAGCCAACGCUGUAGAAGUUAUCGUUGCCACCUAUAUUUUCUUACCCAUCUUCAGAAUGAUGCAGGUCCAUGGCUCAAGUGAUUUAGUGGAUGUGUAAGGCCAGUGGAUUGUGGAAACAUUUGCAGAACGUGGUUUAGAUUACGUCCUUAGCUUUGGAGUUUGUUACUUUGGCCAGCAGAAUUAUACCAAUUUUUGAACAGUAACAUUUGGCAUUAUUAGCCUAGCUGAUGUGAAAAGUUGUAAAUUAGAUCGGCCAGAUCAGUCAACUAAAUUAAUUGGUCUUCAUGCCCAUUCUAUUGGAAAAAAAAAAAAUUAGACAUUGCAGCCAUAGUGCUAUUCGCCUUAAAAUAAUUUAGAUGUUUUUCUCUGUCUAUCUCUCUCUCAAAAUGUACUCUGAUCAGCAUAGCUGUCAAGUAAACUCUUAGUUUCAUAUAUCCUUAUAAAUAACAUUAAACAAAUUAGUUGUAUGAACAUUAACCUAUUAUAAUUUCGACUUUCCCUUCCAUUUCCAUUAAGAUGUGACAUUUUUUUUUUUGUUGUUUUUUUUUUCCCACAGUCUUUGGCAUCAUUGUGGGAAUGGUCCACGUGUAUCGGCUAAUUUUUGUUGUUCAAAAGCAGUCACAUAUGUCAUUGUGUAUCAAAAGAAAUGUCGCCAAUAUAUGAUGAAUUUAAUAUCCCUUUGGAAUAGAAUAUUCUGUGUCCAUAAAUGUGUUCUGGUAUGGAAGUUCCCUUUUUUUUUUUUUUAUUGUGUUUCAUAAUCUAUUUCAUGAUACUUUGAGCCCCCUUGGCAGUUGAGCUGAACUGCUGCAGAGUUUAAGCCACGCAGACAAUUGAGUGCAAACUGUAUAAUUUGUUCUACAGAUGUUUGACCAAAUGAUUUGUCUAAGAUGUUCAUUUUCUCACACAGAUAAUUUGUCUGUUAGCACACCGAUGUUAACUUGUCAGGUAUCGUUGCUUUCAUUGGUUCAUCUGAGGCCACUCAGCAGAGCCGGACGGCUGGUACUGUGGAUACUUGACCUCAUAUUGGAUACGUUCAUUUUGCUGUAAGAAAUUUCAUCUGAUUUUAUCUACAUCACCAGGCUAAGUUGAGAUAGUCUUAUUUGUUUACUAUCUUUAUUUUCUGUUGCCUGUUGGAAAACACGCACCAUUUUGAGUUUUCUUUCUUUCGUCACGGCUAUAUGACAGUUUUUUUUUUUAUUAUUCUUAUUUCAAACUCAUCUUUUUGUGGGUGUCAGACAUGAUGACAGGAUUGAGAUUCAUGAGUGGUCCCCAGUUUUGCUUCACAUCUGUAUUGGGCUUUGUUAAAACAAAAUAAAACACUUCUUUUUACGAAUUAA